GAAAGAGAAGAGUCAAAGGUGGGUGAGAGGGAGACUAAAUCAAUCAAGAAUUUAGGAGAGGGAGACGUGGUCUGAAUACAAAGCUUGUAUUGUCCUCUCUGUCUCUUGCUUUAAUGCUUUCACUUUCAUCUCUUGUUUGGUCUUAACAAAGAUUCCUUUCCUUGUUUCUUGGCAAAGAUAAGGUAUCUUUAAAACUUACUGUCAUCUCCUUGCACGGAGAACUCUUGCCUUCUGCCCUAAUCGAAAAUGGGUUCAAUCCAAAACACAGUCCACUAUUGUUGUGUCUCAAGAGGCAACCAGAUUCUGUACGGUUACAACAACGGCGGAGACCACCGUAACGAAAGUCUCGCUGCCUUGUGUCUGGAAAAGACUCCGCCUUUUCACAAGUGGUACUUCGAAACCAGAAGCAAGAGGACUUUCGGGUUCUUGAUCGAAGAUGGGCUCGUGUACUUCGCCAUUGCUGAUGAGGUUUUCAAGAGAUCUACCCUUCUUGGGUUUCUUGAGAAUCUAAGGGAUGAGUUAAAGAAGAAUUCGAGAGGAAGUUUCUCCGGGAGUAUCAGUUUCAGCAAUGUUCAAGACCAGCUUGUUCGAAGACUCAUACAGCGUGUUGCUGAGACUAACCAUCAUCUAACUUGUCUCCCGUUAUCAUCACCUUCCAUUGAUGGUGCUAAUUCCACCAAAGCCCCGCUUUUGGGGAGAUCAAACAAGCAAGAGAGGAAGAAAGGGAACACUCUGAGAGGCGUUGAGUUAGAGGAACAACGGAAAUCUACUGAGUGUUCUUCUAAUGCCUCCUCAUCUGCAGCUGCAGCAGCAGCAACUUAUGUUCCAAGAAGGGAUCGAUCUAGUGGCUCGCAGAGCAUUGAAAAGAAAUGGCGGCGUCAAGUGAAGAUUGUUCUUGUCAUUGACGCAGCUAUUUGUUUGACUCUGCUUGGUGUUUGGUUGGCCAUUUGUCAGGGCAUUGAGUGCACACGUUCUUGAUUAACAAAGCUCUCUUAUCCUCUUCCACAUUCAAGUUCUUACUAUCACCUUCAUUGAUUGGUCUGUUAUUCUUUCUCAUAUGUAUUUUCCUCUCUCUGCAAUUCUGAUAUAGAGAGACUGCAGUUUGACAUACUCUGCAGAACUGUUGAUUGUGUAUCUAGGAGACUAGGACCUACGUUUGUGUAUGUAUGAUUUGUUGAUUGUGUUCAUAUUAUUUAGUGAAAUGCGGAAAAAGUUAUAGCGUUGUACAAUAGAAACCAGGUUAAUUCUGUGUGAUUGAGCUGCCGCCUUCUUUGUUACAUUUGUUGAUGUGAAUGGACAAAUCUGUGUGUUUGGAUCA